AUGUUCUUCUUCUUCGUAUGCGGAACCCAGGACUUCUCGUCGUCGCUCAAGGGGUACGAGCAUAUCCGAGCUAAAUGCCCAAGAUGCCAUAAUCCUUCAGUCGUCGCGAUCAAGAAACGGGACUUCUUCACGUUCUGCUUUAUCCCGGUUGUCCCCAUCGGCUGGGGCGAGGAGCUCCGCUGUAGCAUCUGUCCGUACCGUCAAACAACGAAUAAGGAGCAACUCAUGCAGAUGCAGCACCAGGAGGGCCCUCCGCCGCAACAGUACCCACAGGGAAACGUCCCGCAGUAUCAGCAGCCCGCGCAGUAUAAGUAG